ACGAGCCAAAGUCAGCAGUAGAAGAUGUCUGGCCGCGGUAAGGGAGGUAAAGGACUCGGUAAAGGAGGCGCUAAGCGGCACCGUAAAGUGCUCCGUGAUAACAUCCAGGGGAUCACCAAGCCCGCUAUCCGCCGUCUGGCUCGCCGCGGCGGAGUCAAGCGGAUCUCCGGUCUCAUCUACGAGGAGACCCGCGGUGUGUUGAAGGUCUUCCUGGAGAACGUCAUCCGUGAUGCCGUCACCUACACCGAGCACGCCAAGAGGAAGACGGUGACCGCCAUGGAUGUGGUGUACGCUCUCAAGAGGCAGGGCCGCACCCUGUACGGCUUCGGAGGACGUCGUCGGCCCGCCGGCUCUGGCUAUAUAAAGCAACCAGUGACCGCGCGGCGGCAUCACUCUUUUUCUAGCAAGAAGGAGGUAAAGAUGGCCAGAACCAAGCAGACCGCUCGUAAAUCCACCGGAGGAAAAGCUCCCAGGAAGCAGCUGGCCACCAAGGCUGCCCGGAAGAGCGCCCCGGCCACCGGCGGCGUGAAGAAGCCUCACCGUUACCGGCCCGGUACCGUGGCUCUGAGGGAGAUCCGUCGCUACCAGAAAUCCACCGAGCUGCUGAUCCGCAAGCUGCCCUUCCAGCGCCUGGUCCGAGAGAUCGCUCAGGACUUCAAGACCGACCUGCGCUUCCAGAGCUCCGCUGUCAUGGCUCUGCAGGAGUCCAGCGAGGCUUACCUGGUCGGACUCUUCGAGGACACCAACCUGUGCGCCAUCCACAAGAUGUCUGGCCGCGGUAAGGGAGGUAAAGGACUCGGUAAAGGAGGCGCUAAGCGGCACCGUAAAGUGCUCCGUGAUAACAUCCAGGGGAUCACCAAGCCCGCUAUCCGCCGUCUGGCUCGCCGCGGCGGAGUCAAGCGGAUCUCCGGUCUCAUCUACGAGGAGACCCGCGGUGUGUUGAAGGUCUUCCUGGAGAACGUCAUCCGUGAUGCCGUCACCUACACCGAGCACGCCAAGAGGAAGACGGUGACCGCCAUGGAUGUGGUGUACGCUCUCAAGAGGCAGGGCCGCACCCUGUACGGCUUCGGAGGUUAAACUACAAACUACUGCCUAGGACAACAACAACAAAGGCUCUUUUAAGAGCCACACACUUCAUCUAUGGAGAAACUUUCAUUUUGUAUAUAAUUGAACUGAAUCGGAUAAUUGUUUUUCUUGAUGAUUAUUGUUAUUUUGGUUAUUUAAAUAGGCUAUUUAAUAAAGA